UUUAAAUUUCAUAACAUGUGUGACGUUAUACGCAACGCAAAAGGCUCUAGUAUUAUCUCACAAAAAAUGUCUCCAAUCAAGCGCAGACGUACAUAUGUAUUUGGUAAUUGAUUAUGACACGUCAAGGGAUAUUGCUCAAGUUCAUUUUGCACCGUUAUAACACAACUUUCCGUCCUAACCUAACUCAAUUUUCCAAGUGCGCGAAUCCACAUCGCGAUAUGACGACCGACACAGGGUUCUUGUCAGAGGCUAGGUCGCAUUUAACAGAUCUCUUUCGCACCGCUGUGAGAGCGGUGUCUCCGAACGAGAUCAUAAAGAAAAAAGUGAAAUUCCAGGAUAAUGUUCUGUACAUUAACAAUGAGAAGUACCCGCUUCAAGAGAAUGUUUACUUGGUCGGCUUCGGCAAGGCAGUUAUGGGAAUGGCUGUGGAGCUCGAAAAGAUGCUCGGCGGUGCUCUGAAAAAAGGUAUAGUUAGCAUUCCGAGCAAGUCGAUGGAUGCUGUGUGGCGAGCCGAGGACAAGUCCGGCUUUCCGAAGUUGCACGACAGCGUGAUCGAAUAUCGCGAGGGUAGCGUCGAUAAUCAACCGGACAGCAGAUCGUUGGAGACCACGCACCGUGUUAUAGACCUGGUGGAAAAAUUAACGGACACUGAUACUCUGAUAGUCUUGGUGUCAGGAGGAGGCUCGGCCUUGCUGUAUAUGCCGAGACCCACUCUCGACCACGAGGACAAGUUGCAGCUGUGUAAGAGGCUUCAGAAUGCAGGUGCCAGCAUCACAGAGCUCAAUAUUGUAAGAAGGAAAUUGUCCCUUGUGAAAGGCGGUGGCUUGGCACGAAUGGCUCAUCCUGCUGCUGUUAUCACGCUGAUAUUAUCUGAUAUUGUCAAUGAUCCAAUAGAUUUGAUUGCUAGUGGCCCUACUGUUUACAAUGCCAAAACAACGGAGGAAGUAGUUGCUAUAUUGAGAAAGUAUGAUUUGUAUCAGUCCUUAGAGGGUGAUUUGAAAACAAUUUUAACAUCCAAGGAGACCUUCAAUGAUGCUCCACUGCUAAAUUCAGCUGGUCAAUUUAAACACGUGAAAAACAUAAUAAUAGGGAACAAUACAAUGGCUGUAGAAGCUGCACAGCGAGAAGCAUUGCGCAAGAAAUUAACUCCAAUAAUAUUAAAGAAUGAUGUUGAGGGCAAUGUGAAAGAUGUCAGUAUAGCAUACAUGCACAUAGUGAACCUAAUAAUUCGUACCUUUAUGCAAGAAUUGACACUGGAAAAAUUCUAUGAUUUAAUGCACAGUAAUGCAACAAUUCAAUUAGAUUCUAACAAAGUAAAUGAAAUCUAUCAAUGCAUUGUCAGUAAUAUUGGUGAUUUAGUUCUAAUUGGAGGAGGAGAGCCCACAGUUUUGGUGGAAGGUGAAGGAAAAGGCGGCAGAAAUCAGGAAUUAGCUGCGCGUUUCUCGCAAGAUCUGUUUGCAAUGACUAAAAUUUGCCCGACGUUAGCUAAUUACGAAGUAAUGAUGUUGAGCGCUGGUACAGAUGGCCAAGACGGUCCUACUGACGCGGCAGGUGCAUUCGGUUAUCCCGCCAUCGUACCUAUAACGUGCGAUCUUUACCAAAGAGUUCAAGCCAUGUCCAAAGAGGAAUUCACAUCAAUCGCGUCUCAGGAAGCGAUGAAAUACGCGAAGAAGAUCGAGGAUGAGGAGAGUCCAAAGAAGGAUUUAUCAUGCAAUGCGGAAAUGGCAAGAUUCAUCGUUGAGCCACAGGUGCGAGGUUCCAAUAAUGUCACAGCAGAGUCUGCCUCUGCUCGAACAGACGAUAACGUCCGUAUCAAUCCUCUGAUGUUAAAUUUGAUGGAAGCAGAACGCAUGUUGCUUCAGAAUACUCUGUUAAAUAACGAUACAUACAAUUUUUACUCGCGCUUCAAGAGAGGCGUGGAUUUAUUGAAGACGGGUCUCACUGGCACCAACGUUAUGGAUUUACAUUUUAUUUACAUUAGAAAAAAAUCGUGCCACGGUACAUUCGCGAUAGACAGCAAAGUAAUACAGUGCGAACACAUCUUCGACGUGCACAAUUUACGCGCUGAUACGACGACCGUCGAGAAGUACAAGCUUAUGCGUGUUGCCGCAAAACGUGACGAAGACGAAGACUUAAUUGCUAAUACGAAGGAAGAAAAGCCACCGCUCAAUAUAAAGAUCGUUGAUGAAAAUCUUACAGAUCCGUGUUGCAAUAAGAAGCGCGAGCGUUGAUCAAGCGCUUGGCUCAAUGAACGAUGUGUGAAGAAUAUAUAUGAAACGACUUGUACAUACAACUAAAAUUAUUUAUACUCAACAAUAUUUCUCUGACAAAUAAAUAUUUUUAUAUUGUUAUAA